AUGUUCAAGGCAUUUCUUCAACAAUGCGAAGGGGAAGUGCUGUCAACCCAGCGGAAGAAAAGUAAAAGCAGAGGCGAAGUUCUGGAGCGCGCGAGUGAACCGUCGCCGACCACCGAUUCACUUCAACAUGUCCAGGCGUCGAUGUCGCCAAACGAAUCAUCUGUACAGGCUUCCUCCACAAAUGGUGCGAUUUCUUUUUCUUUUUUUUUAAUCUAAGUAUAAUAUGAUUACAACAAUACUGGAUGAUCCUUGACCUUUGGAACAAUACAUUAGAAAGGUAACUUAGGACUACAGUUCGUCACUAACAAUCACUGUGAUAAUGUAUCACCAAGAUUGAAACACUCGCGUGACGCUAUAAUUUCUCAGAAGUAACUAAUCGCAGAUUUUUUACUAACUAGGAAAUACUAGUUAGAAUAUACUUGCAAACCACAGAUUUUUUCGUAUGAUGCGACAGUUCAUGUCUUAGACUGCUUCCUUUUGAUGCCUUCAUUUUCCGAAAUGCAGCCUUGCGUGACACCUACAAAGCGUUUUGUCCUGCCUAAGAAUGUUUUGAAAGGAGUUAUUUCUUUAGAACUACAGGUUGUAUUUAUUGCAAUAUUUUAUACUAAACCUUGGGCAAACGUGUCAAUGAAACAUGAAAAAUGUUUACAAAAAUUGUCCAAAAUAAAAUGCAGGUGGGGAGACCAGUUGUUCGAUCAUAUCAGACUUCAUGACUGUUCAGUUACGCUUUCGCUCUAACAGUUGUUUUACUUUGUCUCCACAAUAGCUGAUGCAAGAGGGAACGAGUUCGAAAUGUGUAUUUACUGUCGGCAAACGCCAUGUGUAACGACCGACAGUCGCGAAUACCUUGGCUAUCGCGAAGCACAUAUUCAAAAUCACGUGCGACGAAGAAAAGAUUACAAGACGUACUGGAGAGCAUUGAACAAAUGUGGGCUCUGGAAAGACCCUAUUUAUCAGGCUAGAAAAGUCGAACUGGGGGACCAUGUUUAUGCUGUGCGGGAAAGGAUGCCCAAUUGUGUUAUAAAA